CCUCUUGAUUAAGAGGAUUUCGUGAGCGACCCUGGUACCACUUGAGCUGAUACGAGGGGAAAAAAUACACAAUAGGCCCAAGGGCCCAAGGCUUCCGAGCCCAACCCCUAACAAGAGUGUUGUUUCAAGAAAAGAUAUCAACCUCAACAAGAUGUUGGCUCAGUUGCAGCGCUAUCGUAGAAGAAACCUGCCUCUGUUCAUCAAUUUCAUACUCACUAGUGCAAAAGAGGGGUGGUUAGUUGAGGAAGUUGACAAGGAAGAAUGCGUUUCAUUGUUUAUUCCUUCCAAAAUAGUACCUGCUAUCCCAUACCCAGAACCCUCUUAUGCAUAUCAAGUUUCUUUGCGAACUAAGCUUGUUGGACAAGUUUUGGAAAUUAUUGCUUCAAGGAUUGAUGACAGGAGGAGAAUGAUUGUCCUGAGAGUUCCAGGACAAGAUCAAAGAGAAAUACGUGGUGCUCUGCAGUUUACAGGAUUUGCACCUGGCGAGCAUGAAAGCAAAGCUACUGAUGGUGGUUGGAACUACAAAUAUUGGCCAACUGAUAUAGUCUUAGUUGGACCGGUAAAGGAGCCAGAGAAGAAGGAGGAGCCAAAGAAGGAAGAGGCCAAGAAAGAAGAGGGAAAGAAAGAAGAACCCAAGAAGGAGGAGGAAGCAAAGAAAGAAGAGCCAAAGAAGGAGGAAGCAAAGAAGGAAGAACCCAAGAAGGAAGAUGGGAAAUAGGAGAAGAAACCACCACCACCAGACCCAAUUUUGGAGCUUGUGAAGGCAUAUAAAGCAUACAAUCCUCACUUGACCACAUACUACUAUGUUCAAAGCAUGGAAGAGAAUCCAAAUGCUUGUGUUAUCUGUUAAAGCUGUGAGAAAAUGGAUAUUUAAAGCUUCCUCCCGUUUGAAUCCCCUGUAAAAGCCAUGAGAAAAUGGAUUUGAAAUGCCAUUAAUACGCGUAAAGAAGAGGGAAUGCUCAAGGAGUUAAGUUUAAGCAAGCUUUUGUGUAUAUGCUUGGUGUUUCCUUGAUUGAUCUGUUUGGUGCUAUAGUGAUGAAUUGUGCAGGGACUAGAGAAUGAAAGAAUAAAUGAAAUUUUGAUGA